GGUUUGGUUGUAAGAAAAAAAAAAAAACUGGAGUAAGAGCGACUGAAUGGGAAAGCUUUCUGUUAAGAACCUCCACCCUCCUCAGCGCCUCUAGAGCCUGCGCCUCAGGAACAUCUCCCUCCUUUCUGGGAGAGCACCCGAGAGGACACGAAACACCUCAGCCUCUCUCGCCUUCCAUCACGUCCCUGUGCUCAAAUAACAUCGAAAAGAACGAGCCCCAGCAGAUGUGAGACCAUCACUCUUUACCUUUUGUCGGAUUAUCAGUUUGAAUGAGUUCCGCUUUCUUUGGCUCAACAUCAGCAUCAACUGAGCACUGCCAUCCUCCUCCUCCUCAUCAUCAUCAUCCUCCUGUUUGUCUUCAUCCUCAUCCUCAUCUAAAAUCGAGUUCUCUGUCUUCAUUCAUCAAGCAGUCUCACCAUGUAUCUGGAGAACAAAACCAGCCUGGAGAUUGAAAUGUCUCAGACGGCAUCCCAAGGCCAUCAGGGCAGGAGCAGCCUCAGGUCACCGAAGGCGGUGGCAGGGAACUUCGGGGAACUGUGUCUGCUGGAGGGCAUCUCGGAGAGGCUAGACACCCAGAAGCUGCAGCAGUCUGCAGGACAGUGCGUCAUCCACACUGAGGGCUUUGUCCCCAUUCGACAAGAGGACGGUUUCAGGAAUAAUUUCAGUGCUGUCAACAUCCUCAGAGGAAAAACAAACUCAGCCAACCUCACAGAGAGGUCGCCUCUGCUGCGAUUCUCUCAAGAUGACAGCAUAACCUACAUGACCCUACAUGACCCCAGCUUUGUUGGAGUUGAGGAGCCCUGGAACAACGGCUCCCUGGACGUGGAGAGGCGGUAUCGGCUGGGCAGUGAGGUCACCAGCCUGUCGCUAUCGCGCUCCAGCUCCUCGGAGAAGUACGACCCUCUGGACAACCUCAACCUCAGCUUCAGAUUCACAAGCAAUGUGAAAUGCUGCUUCAAAGUCUCCAAAACUGCCACCAUCUUUGCGUUUGUUGUUCUCUGCAGUCUGUUCUUCAGCAUGUAUCCUGAUCGAGACAACCCCUGGAGGAUGGUGGCAGUCUCUCCCACAGAGAGUUUCUCAAUGAAUGUGACUGAUUUUCGGGACAAUGCUUUACUGAAGCUACAGGUGGCCGGGCCUUUUGCAGGGGGGAUGAUAGAUUUGACCACUCAGGAGUACAUCCUCAUCCAGGUAGAGCAGACCGAGCAGCCAGGACAGCGGCGGAGGAGGACUCAGCAGGUGACUCAUAAUUGGACCAUCCCUCUACAUGCAGAAAGAAGCGACCAGAUAGUGGAAACAAAAACCUUUGAGAUGCUCAGCAGUGAUCCCAUCGCCAUCACAAUUCAGGCGUUCCUGCAGGAUAACGAGGUGGUGCCGCUAUCCAUGACCCACCAGUCGCUUUACGUCAGUGUGGAGACACAGGUGGCCAUCGCUGGAAUCAUCCUGGCCGGGGUCUAUGUUCUCAUCAUCUUUGAGAUUGUGCACCGCACCCUGGCUGCUAUGCUGGGAUCUUUGGCAGCCUUAGCUGCUCUGUCUAUCAUCGGGAAUAGACCCAGCCUUGUUACAGUGGUGGAGUGGAUCGACUAUGAGACGCUGGCUCUUCUGUUUGGCAUGAUGGUGCUGGUGGCCAUUUUCUCAGAGACUGGCUUCUUCGAUUACUGUGCAGUGAAAGCUUACCAGUUAGCCAGAGGAAGAGUGUGGCCCAUGAUCAUCAUCCUCUGUCUCAUCGCUGCCAUUUUAUCUGCUUUUCUGGACAACGUGACCACUAUGAUGCUUUUUACUCCCGUCACCAUAAGGUUGUGUGAGGUGCUUAAUCUAGACCCCAGACAUGUCCUGAUUGCAGAAGUAAUCUUCACCAACAUUGGAGGGGCCGCCACAGCUGUCGGAGAUCCGCCCAAUGUGAUUAUAGUAUCAAAUCAGGACCUGCGCAGAGAAGGGAUUGAUUUUGCCAGUUUCACAGGCUACAUGUUCCUCGGAAUAUGCCUCGUCCUUUUUACCUCAUUUCCUUUCCUGCGGAUGCUCUACUGGAACAAAAAACUUUACAACAAAGAGUCCAUUGAAAUAGUUGAACUCAAGCAUGAGAUCCUGGUUUGGAGGCAAACGGCUCAGCGCAUAAACCCUGCCAGCCGAGAGGAGACAGCUGUGAAAUGUCUUUUAAUGCAAAAAGUCCUCAACCUGGAGAGUCUGCUGCGAAAAAUGAUGAAGACCUUCCAAAGACAAAUUUCUCAGGAGGAUAAGAACUGGGAGCAAAACAUCCAAGAACUGCAGAAGAAGCACAGAAUUACUGACAAAGUUCUGCUGGUGAAGUGUGUGUCCGUCCUUGGCGUUGUGAUCUUCAUGUUCUUUCUCAACUCCUUCGUUCCCAGCAUUCAUCUCGAUCUUGGUUGGAUCGCUAUCUUGGGUGCGCUCUGGCUUUUGGUUCUGGCUGACAUUCAGGAUUUUGAGAUCAUCUUGCACCGAGUGGAGUGGGCCACGCUGCUGUUUUUUGCCGGCCUCUUCGUUUUGAUGGAGGCUUUAGCCCAGCUGCAGCUUAUUGACUAUAUCGGAGAACAGACAGCACUGCUUAUAAAAGCGGUGCCAGAAGACCAGCGCUUGGCUAUAGCCAUUAUCUUGGUGAUGUGGGUCUCGGCUCUGGCUUCUUCUCUCAUUGACAACAUUCCCUUCACUGCCACCAUGAUUCCAGUUCUCAUCAACCUGAGUCAGGAUGCAGAUGUGAACCUGCCAGUUAAACCGCUCAUCUUUGCUUUGGCUAUGGGAGCCUGUCUGGGUGGAAAUGGCACACUGAUAGGAGCAUCAGCCAACGUUGUGUGUGCAGGCAUCGCUGAGCAACACGGAUAUGGCUUUUCCUUCAUGGAGUUCUUCAAUCCUUCCAUGUGCAAAUCUGGAGACGAGGAGAGCAGGACCGAGCACCACAGACAGAACAGACUGGGCUUCAUCAUAUAACAGUGAUAAAAUUCUGUGAUAUAAAAAGGAGGAGCUGAGGAAGAGAUGGGUUGCUAAGAGGUUUGUUGUUUAAGUUGUGUAAUCCUGGCUUUUAAGGAAAAUGCUAAAUUGAUUGGCACUUAUUAACGCCUUCUACUCAGUACUUUCUAGUAUUCACACACGCACAUUCUCACACCAUUAAAUGCCCAGUGGAUACUUCAGCAUGUGGACUGGAGGGAUCAGUCCACAGGGACCAACCAAAUGUUCUAGCUUUUAGUUCCCAGCUGUUUCCCAGUAUCUUCCUCUGUCUUAAUGUGUUCCCUGGUCUGAUAUUUUGUUAGCAGUUAGUAUUCAUGUACUGGUCUCUUGUUUUACUGUGAAAGUUUUCUUCAAUUCCCUGUGUGGUUUUGCUUCCCCUUGAGUGAUUAUCCUGUGUGUCUUCACCUGGUUGUAAUCCUUUCACCCAUUUUCCCUCAUUCCAAUCAAUCAGGCCUGGGUCUGUUUAAAGACCAAGGGCUAUAAAUAGACUUCCUCUUUGUACUGUUAUGUUCCAGUGUGUGUGUUUGCUUCUGUGCUGUCCUGUUCACCUUUUGCUUAGAUUCUCUGGCUCCUCGUAUUUGCCUUGUUGUCUAUACCGUCUAUUUUCUCUUGUAUUUGGACUUUUUGUUACUUUUUGGAUUUUACUAUCAGCUUUCUGUUGGAAUUCUCCUGCGUUCAGUAUUUUGGGUCCUCAAGUCUACACUGUACACAGCAUCACUCUGAAAGGCACACCCUAAUCAGCUCAGCCAUCAGCUGAUCAGUCAGGAUUGUGACUUUGUGGCCUAACUCAACUAACGCUAUGCUCAAUUUGUUGUUUUCAGUGAGUUGUAAUUUAUUCUAAAGACUUGCAGAAGUAUUGCACUUUCCACAUACCUAAGCUACAGGAUAUAUUACUAUGUGACUACUACGUUUUAAUAUUGUAAUCUGAUCUGUGGCAGGUUGCUUCAUUGAUAUUCCUAUUUACAGCUAAUAAGACUGUGGCUGAGAAGAAAAAGAACAACUGCAGGUGACCUUUGGCAUUAAGAAAAUUCCACCAUUAUUUUUUCAGCCUUCGUUACCUGCUCAAUCGGCUCUGACAUGCCAGUGAAGUAAUUGGUGGAAAAUGUGUCAGAGUUGGUUAAAGCUCGUUGACAAAUUUCUUAGCGCACUAAAAAGACUCUGGGACGUCUGUCUGCAAAGGAUUUCAUUGAAAUGGAGGGAAACAGUUGCAACCCGUCAGCUCUACUUCUCUCCCGCUGUAGCUGUGUUUACAGUUAUUGGACAGGAGCAUUGCUCUUGGCUGAAGCACUGCCUGUAAUUGGCUGUCUGUGGCAAGGGUCACUGCUGUUCAGAGAGACAGGCAAGGGGGAGCGAAGUCUGGUCUGAAACUCUGGGCAGCUGGGAUUGACUAGUGCUGUAUCAGGAGGAUGAAUUCAGGGGCCAGAUGAGCCCAUGGGGGCACAAAUGCCUUUUUGAUAAGCCAUCACAAAGGAAAAUGAGUGGCCUCGAAUAGCUCAGCCGUUAGCAUGGUCCCUGUUGCUUCCUUCGUGCCUCAAGGCCCUUAUCAUCCUCCUCUCCACAAACCAUUAACCUAAGGUGCAUCACUAAAGUAACAGCUCUGUAUGUUGUGUAUAGUCCAGGUCGGUUGAAUAGAAACUGCCACGGGUGCUUGUAAUGUAUUGCACUCUAGAAUAGACCCACUGCAAAAUGUACUUGUAAAUGCCUAUCAAUGUGGCAAAUUGGUACAGUUUUGAGACACAAAAACAAAUGACAUUAGACAAUGUAAGGUGCUUCAGAGUGUCUUUUUUUUUUUUGACCACAUGUUGCACAUGUACAGUCAUCUGCAGGAAAUCUAUACAGAAAACAAUAAGCCUCUGCACUGCAGAGGCAGGUGUUGUAGCUUUAUUUCUAAUAAACGUUGCAAUCACGCUCAUA